AUGAUGAAGGCUGCAAAUUCAUCGGAGAGUUCAAGUGCUACCCUGUUUCGAUAUUUGGAAAAGGCUUCACUGGAUCACUACUACUCACAAUUGAAAUUGAAUGGUGUUACUAGUGUGGAAGCAUUAGCCCAGCUCUCGGUACAAGAUGUGGCCAAUAAAGUCGGAGUGGCUAAUGGAGCCGAUAGAAGAAAGUUCUUUGAGCUCGUUCAAGUUGCCAAGAAAAGCAUCUCUACACCUUCUUCCAAUAUAACGAAUCAACCACAACAAGGGAAUUUUGAGAAUGAACAAAUGGCCUUGAAUAAGUGUCAAGCGCUAGACUUGAACCCUAAGAAUCAGUUACCUUCUCUCUAUAAUAAUAACAUGAUCAAUGAUGAUGAUAAGGAAAAUUAUGGUGGCAGCAAUGAGGAAGCUUUGUAUGAUUGGGAUGCUGCCGUUAACAAUGUUGACAAUCACUAUGAUGCUUUUGAGGUUCAUCAGGUAAAUCAAAACAACAACAUUAAUAGUAACAAUAAUAACGUCAAACGACCAGCGUCAGCAGCUCAACCUCAAUACGUACCUCCAAAAGUUCACACUCUUCAACAGAUUAUGCAACAAAAUCUCAGCCCUCAACAAGCCCAAAAGCUCAAACCAAAGGUUGUAGAAAAGAAACCGCCAACUGUAAUCAGUAACAAACCCCAAAAUGUGCCACAACAACAACAACCACUUGUUCGGGAAGUGGCAAAUAUUGUCGGUAAACAGGAUGCAAAUGUUGCCGCCAAGCCAAGGCAACGAUCUAAUAUUGUAGUUGCUGUUCGUAAAAGACCUCUCAAUGAAAACGAAAGAAAUAGAAAUGAGACUGAUAUUUUAGAAGUUUGCAAUAAUUACGAACUUGUGAUACAUGAACCAAAGCAAAAAGUUGAUCUCACCAAAUAUGUAGAAAAGCACCAAUUCUGCUUUGAUGAAGUUUUUGAUGAAUAUUGUGACAACAAUGAAGUCUACAACAAGACUGCUAGGCCUCUUGUUGACCAUAUUUUCAAUAAGGGUAAAGCAACUUGCUUUGCUUACGGACAAACAGGAAGUGGUAAAACAUUUACAAUGAUGGGAAGAAAUGGAAAUAAGGGAUUGUACUUACUUGCUGCGCAUGACAUUUUUAACAGGCUUUCAGGAGAUAUGACAGUUUGGAUCAGCUUUUAUGAAAUUUAUGGUGGUAAAUUGUUUGAUCUUUUAAACAAUAGAAAGAAAAUAUUUGCUCGUGAAGACGCAAAGAAUAUGGUGGCGAUUUGCGGGCUGACUGAAACCAAUGUAAAUAGUGUGGAAGAAUUGAUGGGCAUCAUUGACACUGGAUUAAGUAUUAGAGCUACCGGAUCUACUGGUGCAAAUGCUGAUUCUUCUCGUUCACAUGCUAUUUUGCAAAUAGUUCUCAAGCUCAAUGAUAAGACCUAUGGCAAAUUUUCGUUUAUUGAUCUUGCAGGAUCAGAACGAGGAGCUGACACGAAAAACAGCGAUAAACAAACAAGGUUAGAAGGAGCUGACAUUAAUAAGAGUUUACUUGCUCUGAAGGAGUGUAUUAGAUCGUUGGAUCGUGGUAAAAGUCACGUUCCAUUUAGAGGCAGUAAGCUUACUGAAGUUCUGAAAGAUUCAUUUAUUGGAAACUCAAAGACUGUAAUGAUUGCCAACGUUUCUCCUUCCUCGUCAUCUUGUGAACACAGCUUGAAUACUCUUAGAUAUGCAGACAGAGUUAAGGAGUUAAGAAAAGACGCUAUCAAAGAUAAACUGAUACAAGCCAACAAACAAGGAAAGCAAGACAUUCAACCUUCUCCUACUCCUUACGACAAUCCAAUUAUUCAACCACAACAAGGUAGAAACUACCAAAUGGAAGAGCAGGACGACGAAGAUAUUCAAAUGGAGGACGAAAAAAUUGACUAUGACAGAGCGUACGACAAGCAAGAUUACGAAGUUUCUGAUAAUGUUGUGGAUGACGAUAUAGAUGAAGAUUUCGAAGAUACAGAUAUGAUUCAAGAUAAUGAAGUUGUGCUUCCACCUCAUUUCCAAGAUGUUGGAGAAGCAGAACUUGAACGAGCCCAUGAGGAAUUAAUAAGUAAGAUCUUAGAUGAAGAAGAAGAGGUUAUUGCUCAACACAGAGAACACAUUGAUGAUAUCAUGGAACUCAUGAAACAAGAAAUGGAACUUUUAAAUGAUGUAGACCAACCUCAAUCAACAAUAGACAAGUAUGUCACAAGCUUGGAUUGUAUUCUCGUUCGAAAAAUUCAAGCCAUUAAGAGCCUUCGAAACAAACUUGCCGAAUUCAAGCAACAUUUGAGGGAGGAAGAAAUUUUGAGUAGGAGUUUUCAAUUAAAUUAA